CGCCCCAACUGUGGAUAGCAGGAGAAAAGAUUGAUUUUUGCCUCUGACAGCGAGAGAUACAUCCCUCCAUCACGCGGGGGUCGUCUUCCUUCUGCGUGAUCUUUAUUCUGUUCCCGGACGUUAUUUUAUUACUUCAUCGUGAGGAUACCCCUCUGAGGCAUGGCGCACGCCGCGUCCCAGCUGAAGAAGAAAGCGGAUUUGGACCUCGCCGCCGAGGAAGAGAAGGAGAAGAAGAAGAAGACCAGGAAGAGGUCUCGGGAAGGCAAGAAAAAGACUGACACCAAUGCCAGUUAUCUGCGAGCGGCCCGGGCUGGAAACCUCGAGAAAGCCCUCGAUUACCUGAAGUCUGGGGUCGAGAUCAACAUCUGCAACCAGAAUGGCCUGAACGCUCUUCAUCUCGCCUCCAAAGAGGGCCAUGUAGAGAUGGUGGCACAGCUUAUUAAACUUGGAGCCACCGUGGAUGCGGCAACAAAGAAAGGAAACACGGCUCUGCACAUAGCCUCACUCGCUGGUCAGACUGACGUGGUCAGAGAGCUGGUGAAUAAUGGAGCCAAUGUCAACGCGCAGUCUCAGAACGGCUUCACGCCACUCUACAUGGCUGCGCAGGAGAACCAUCUGGACGUGGUCCGCUUCCUGCUGGACAACGGCUCCAGCCAGAGCAUCGCCACAGAGGAUGGCUUCACUCCGUUGGCCGUAGCACUGCAGCAGGGUCAUGAUCAGGUGGUCUCUCUGCUCCUGGAGAACGACACUAAAGGGAAAGUACGUCUUCCUGCGCUCCACAUCGCCGCCCGCAAAGAUGACACCAAAGCUGCGGCGCUGCUGCUCCAGAACGACCACAAUGCUGACGUAGAGUCUAAGAUGAUGGUGAAUAGAACCACAGAGAGUGGCUUCACCCCGCUGCACAUUGCUGCACACUAUGGCAACAUCAACGUGGCUACACUGCUCCUCAACCGUGGUGCCGCCGUGGACUUCAGAGCCAGGAAUGACAUCACACCUCUCCAUGUGGCGUCGAAGAGAGGAAACAGCAACAUGGUCAAGCUGUUGCUGGAACGAGGAGCACGCAUCGAUGCCAAAACCAAGGACGGUCUCACUCCGCUCCACUGUGGAGCCAGAAGUGGCCAUGAGCAAGUUGUGGAGAUGUUGCUGGACCGCGGAGCUCCCAUUCUGUCCAAGACUAAAAACGGGCUGUCUCCACUGCACAUGGCCACGCAGGGAGAUCACCUGAAUUGUGUGCAGCUUCUGCUGCAUCAUGACGUACCCGUAGAUGACGUCACCAACGAUUACCUGACGGCCCUGCAUGUGGCAGCCCACUGUGGACACUACAAAGUGGCAAAGGUCAUCGUGGACAAGAAGGCCAACCCUAAUGCCAAAGCACUGAAUGGUUUCACGCCACUUCACAUCGCCUGCAAGAAGAACAGGAUCAAAGUGAUGGAGUUGCUGCUGAAACACGGAGCGUCCAUACAGGCAGUGACGGAGUCUGGACUCACGCCGAUUCAUGUGGCCGCCUUUAUGGGGCACGAAAACAUUGUGACUCAGUUGAUGAGUCAUGGUGCAUCGCCAAACACAACCAACGUGAGAGGAGAGACGGCGCUCCACAUGGCCGCCAGGGCUGGACAGACGGGCGUAGUGAAAUACCUGGUGCAGAACGGAACUCACGUCGAUGCCAAGUCCAAGGAUGACCAGACUCCGCUGCAUAUCUCCAGUCGUCUGGGGAAGCCCGAUAUCGUGCAGCUGCUGUUGCAGCACGGAGCCUCACCCGACUCCACGACCACAUCUGGAUACACACCACUGCACCUGGCAGCCCGCGAGGGCCACAAAGACGUGGCCUCUAUACUGCUAGACCAGGGCGCUUCACUGAGCAUCACCACCAAGAAGGGAUUCACACCGCUACAUGUGGCAGCUAAGUAUGGGAAAAUAGAGGUCACCAACCUCCUGCUGCAGAAGAGAGCUCCUCCAGAUGCAUCAGGAAAGAGCGGACUAACUCCACUGCAUGUAGCCGCGCACUACGAUAACCAGAAAGUGGCACUUCUUCUCCUGGACCAGGGGGCCUCUCCCCAUGCAGCUGCCAAGAACGGCUACACUCCUCUACACAUAGCUGCCAAGAAGAAUCAGAUGGAGAUCGCCACCACACUGCUGGAAUAUGGCGCCGAUACCAAUGCCGUCACUCGACAGGGCAUUAGUCCACUCCACCUGGCGGCCCAGGAGGGCAACGUGGACAUGGUCACCCUGCUGCUUGCACGUGAUGCCUCCAUCAAUAUGGUCAACAAGAGUGGGCUGACUCCUCUUCACCUGGUGGCCCAGGAGGACAAAGUGAACGUAGCUGAAGUGUUGGUUAACCAGGGUGCCAGUGUGGACCCCGAGACCAAGAUGGGGUAUACUCCACUGCAUGUCGCCUGUCACUAUGGCAACAUAAAGAUGGUGCACUUCCUCCUGAAGAACCAGGCUAAGGUCAACGCUAAAACUAAGAACGGAUACACUCCUCUGCACCAGGCUGCGCAGCAAGGCCACACACACAUCAUUAACCUUCUCCUGCAGCACGGAGCCUCGCCCAACGAGCUCACAGUGAAUGGAAACACAGCUCUGUCCAUCGCCAGACGUCUGGGUUACAUCUCGGUAGUGGACACCCUCAAGGUGGUGACAGAGGAGACCCUGACCACCAUGACGGUGACCGAGAAACACAAGAUAAACGUUCCAGAAACAAUGAACGAGGUUCUGGACAUGUCUGAUGAUGAAGUUCGUAGAGCCAAUGUACCCGAAACGCUCAAUGAGGACUAUAUUUCAGAUGUCGAAGAAGGUGAGGACGUGAUGAUGGGGGACACGGAUAAGUACCUGGGCCCCCAGGAUCUGCGCGAGCUAGGGGACGACUCUUUGCCUCAAGAAGGCUAUGUGGGUUUUAGCAUCGGAGCCCGAUCUGGAAGCCUGCGCUCCUUCAGUUCGGAUAGGUCCAACACACUGAACCGGAGCUCUUUCACCAGGGACAGCAUGAUGAUCGAGGAGAUCCUGGCACCCAGCAAGGACACGCAUCUGGCUGUAGCUAAAGAGUAUGACACUGACUCUCUGAGGCGAUACAGUUGGACAGCCGACACCCUGGACAACGUCAACUUGGUCUCCAGUCCAGUUCACUCAGGGUUCCUGGUGAGCUUCAUGGUGGACGCUCGCGGCGGCUCUAUGCGAGGCAGCCGCCACAAUGGGAUGCGCAUCAUCAUCCCACCACGCAAGUGCACAGCCCCGACUCGCAUCACCUGCCGCCUGGUCAAGCGGCACAAACUUGCCUCACCACCGCCCAUGGUGGAGGGAGAGGGUCUGGCGAGCCGCCUGGUGGAGGUGGGACCUGCUGGAGCUCAAUUCCUUGGCCCUGUGAUAGUGGAGAUCCCUCACUUUGGCUCCAUGAGAGGGAAGGAACGUGAGCUGAUCAUUCUUAGGAGUGAUAACGGAGAGACUUGGAAGGAGCAUCAAUACGACUGCAAGACCGAAGCCCUCAAUGAGCUGCUUAAUGGCAUGGACGAAGAACUGGACAGUGUGGAAGACCUGGAGAAGAAACGCAUCUGUCGAAUCAUCUCUAAAGACUUCCCACAGUAUUUUGCGGUGGUGUCUCGGAUCAAGCAGGAGACUAACCAUAUGGGUCCUGAGGGAGGGGUUCUAUCCAGCAUGACUGUUCCUCAAGUCCAGGCCUCUUUCCCUGAAGGAGCUCUCACCAAGAAGAUCAGAGUUGGACUUCAGACCCAGCCAGUCCCAGACGAGACAGUGAAGAAGAUCAUAGGCAACAGAGCCACGUUCAGCCCCAUAGUGACAGUGGAGCCACGAAGAAGGAAGUUCCACAAACCCAUCACCAUGACCAUCCCUGUGCCUCCUCGAUCAGGGGAAGGCAUGAACAAUGGCUACAAAGGAGAUACAACACCUUGCUUACGCCUUCUGUGCAGCAUCACAGGUGGUACCUCCCCCGCACAGUGGGAAGACAUCACUGGCACUACUCCUCUCACCUUCUCGAAUGACUGCGUCUCGUUCACUACCAACGUAUCUGCCAGGUUCUGGCUUGCAGACUGCCACCAGAUUCCGGAGACGGUAGGUUUGGCCACUCAGCUCUACCGGGAACUCAUCUGUGUACCCUACAUGGCCAAGUUUGUAGUGUUCGCCAAGAUGAACGACCCUGUGGAAUCCAAUCUGCGAUGCUUCUGCAUGACAGAUGACAAAGUGGACAAGACCCUGGAGCAGCAAGAGAACUUUGAGGAGGUGGCCAGGAGCAAAGACAUUGAGGUUUUGGAAGGGAAGCCUAUCUAUGUGGACUGCUAUGGCAAUUUAACACCUCUGAUUAAAGCUGGACAGCAGCUGGUUCUUAACUUCUAUGCAUUUAAAGAGAACAGACUGCCAUUCUGUGUAAAGGUGAGGGACAACAGCCAAGAACCUUGUGGACGGCUGUCCUUCCUCAGAGAGAUUAAAAAUGCAAAGGGGCUUCCACAGACUGCUGUCUGUAAUUUAAACAUCACUCUGCCCACGCUCAAAAAGGAUAUGGACUCAGAUCCCGAUGAAGAGACUGAAAAGCCAGAACGACGUCAUACCUUUGCAUCUCUAGCCUUACGUAAGCGGUACAGCUAUCUGACUGAGCCUGGAUUGAAAACAGUUGAGCGAAGUACAACAAGAACACUGCCUGCUGGUUACCCUCACAAACCUGUCUUUUCAACAAGAUCUUACCAGGCAUGGUCGGCUGCUCCUGCUACCAUCCCUGGGCAAACAAAAUGUGGACUGGGUUCCCUCUCCAGCUCACCUUCCAACACGCCAUCUGCUUCGCCAUUAAAGUCAGUCUGGUCAAUAACCUCAGCUUCUCCACUCAAGUCCACCCUGGGAACCACCAAUGCAUCUCCUGUAAAGUCUGUUAGCGACAUAGCGUCACCCAUUAGAACAUACAGAUCUCUCUCUUCACCUAUAAAAACUGUUGUUCAGCAAGGCCAAUACCCAUCUCCAGUUUCUAGUGGUCUCAUGUCUUCAUCUUUUAAAACCGGCACAGAUCCUGUGUCAAUCAAGGGACUUGCUGCUUCAUUGUCUUCAAGACCUAACUCGGUACCACCAUCUGGUUCCAUACUUGAUAGAACAUUCACCACAAUGACCCCCCCUGAAUCUCCAAAGUCAGUUGCAAAUUUGUAUACUUCAGCUUUGUCACUCCGAUCGACUCUUACUUCCGCAUCUACCGCAGCAACACCCACGUUUAAAACCUUAACAAGUCUGUCGUCUAUGAAAACGUCUCCAGAUCGAGGUACAGUCUCCAAUGGGACAGUUCUCUCAUCGCUUUCUUCACCAGCUGGGCCUACUGUUGUCUCUGCUGACACAGUCCUUCUUAAUGGAUCUGUGUCACCAGUCAAAUACCCCUCUUAUUCUUCUAUAUCACCCCGUCUGCUCUCAGACGGAUCUAGCAGUUUGCAGGAGAGGAUACAAGCUACAACACAAGCAGCUGCUUCCAGUGUUAGUGCAGCUUUUUGUGAGGCUGAAAAAACUCUGAUAGGCUAUUCUACAUCAAGCUAUGACACAAUAAAAUCCAUGACAUCUCCUCUGAGAUCAAAUAUGUCAAAUUCAGUGUAUAGUUCCUAUAGAGCCCCUGGUCCUUCUGGUACCCCACUAUCAACUAAUGCUAUGACCGUUCCAGUUUUCUCUCUAGUGAACGUUCUUCCCGAGCCUCAAGAAAAAAAGAUAUCAGACACAACUUCACCUCAGACAACCACUCAUACGCCAUCAUUUACUCCCAGAUCUAAACCCUCAAAACCCCAACUCUUUAUCCCUUCAGCAGCAUUUAAAUCAGCCACUGCUUCGCAAAUGUCAUCAAAUCAAGAUAUUUUACGGGACGUGGCAGACAUGAAAGAGGGUCUUAUAAAAAUGACUGCCAUAUUGCAAACUGAUGCCGCUAAUGUAUCGAAGACGUAUCAGUCCCAGGCUACCAUGGCUAAAAUGGAAGAUGAGGAACCUUUCAGUUUAGUCGAGAAAGUUAAAGAAGAUCUUGUGAAAGUUAGUGAAAUCCUCUCAAAGGAUGUCCUGAGUGAGACAAAAGUCUGCACUAAGGACAAAGCAUCUGAGGAUGAGUGGGAAGAGUUCUCUAAAGACGAAAUAGAGGAGGCUCAACAGAGUGUCCUGAAAUCCCAUCCCACAUUUGAAUCCACCCUCCCGGUUAGACCACAGUCAGUGCAAGACAAGGACCUGAAUUUAGCCAAGGUGGUUGACUACUUAAUGAAUGACAUUGGUGCUAGUUCACUUUCGAAAAUUGCUGGUGAAAAGAGCAAAUACAAUGAAAUGAAGGAGGGGGAGGAAAAACAGAAACGUACAUUCAAAUCUGAGCAUAAACUCAAAAUGCCACCUCCAGGCAUGCGCACCUCUCCUUCAGAGAAAGAUUUAUGCAAAUUAUCCGAUUCGUACAGUGGUACAGAUGCAAUUUUGGAAUCCCCUGAUGACUUUUCCCAUGAUCAGGAUAAAAGCCCACUCUCAGACAGUGGUUUUGAAACCCGAAGUGAAAAGACUCCUUCGGCUCCUCAAAGUGCAGAGAGCACAGGACCCAAACCUCUCUUUUCAGAUGUCCCUAUUCCCCCAGUCAUAACAGAAACCAGAACAGAGGUCGUUCAUGUCAUCAGAAGCUACGAACAUCCCGAAGAGACCUGCGAGCCCCUACUGGAAGAAGCUGCCGCAUUGCAGACGCCUGCCUGCAUCGAACCGGAGUCAGCUGCUGGCUCUAUCAAAGACAAAGUAAAGGCCUUCCAGAUGAAAGUCAGUUCUGAAGAUGAUUCUGUAAUGAGCAAAAGUAUGUGUCUGAAAGAGGAAACUCAUAUAACCACCACAACUAGAAUGGUCUACCACAAACCCCAGUUAAAAGAGGCAGGCUCUGACAGAAUCGAAGAAACCAUGUCAGUUCGAGACAUAAUGAAAGCUUUCCAGUCAGGAAGAGACCCUUCCAAAGAACUGGCUGGGCUAUUUGAACACAAGGCUAGUAAGGAUUCGAUCAAAGGAGAUGAAUUAACACCACGAUUCCUUGACAAGGACACAAAACCCAAAGUUGAAAGAAUAAUCGAGGUUCAUAUAGAAAAGGGCAACACAACAGACCCAACAGAGGUAAUAAUCAGAGAGACAAAGAAACACCCUGAGUAUGUAUGCAAAGGCCGUAGUCUGAAGGAAUUUUCGAACAGGGUAGAGGGUGAUUUCGGGGCUCUGCAAGAAGACGAACUGUUUACUGCUGAGGAAACAGUGCCCUCUUUCUUAGAAACCUCUAGAUACAGUACACCUGUUUCUCAAGAGGAGGAGAGUCGACCCGGUUCUGCUCAGCUCAUUGCUGAUGACUCAUAUAAAGCUUUUAAACUCCUAAGCCAGCAGUCCAUUGAAUAUCAUGACGACGAACUGUCCGAGCUGAGGGGAGAGUCGUAUAGAUUUGCCGAGAAAAUGCUUCUUUCUGAAAAAUUAGACGCGUCACAGUCCGAUACAGAGGAUUCGGUCAUUAACCAGGGAAACGGUGUCACUCCUGAAUUAGGAGCAGAAGGAUUUUAUGGCCCCAAAAAAGAAUCGGUUUUCAGGUCAGCAAGGGACACAUCUGACAAUUAUUUCCAUAAAGAUCAGUAUGAUAAACUGACCGUGUUGCACUAUACAACAGAACCUGGCAGCCCCAAACAUACAGUCAGGAUGCGCUUCACCCAAGAUAGGCAAGACAGAAAUAGAGAGAAACUUAUAUAUGAAGAUCGUGUCGACCAAACUGUUAAAGAGGCCGAAGAAAAACUAAGUGAAGUUUCACAGUUUUUUAGAGACAAAACAGAAAAGCUAAACGAUGAGCUUCAAUCCCCUGAGAAAAAGCCUCCCAUGAGAGACUUCAGAGAGACAAGGUCAGGCCCAAGCUCAGUGUGCAGUAGUCCUCAGAAAACAAGGCAGAAAACUGAGAUGAGCUCUGAGGAAUGGGAUAAGGGGAAGCAGAAAUUGUUUGGUAGCAUGAAUGAAAGAAAAAGCACUAGUUUGCCAAGCAGCCCAGAGAGGCGUAUGCAGUCAUGCUUAAAUGAGGACAAAUCAAAACAGGAAGACAGUGCUUGGCAGUCAAAGCCAGGUGAUAUCUCUCCCCCGGUUCAAGUUAAGACUUCCACAGUGAGCUCUGUUAGGCUCAAAUUCGAAACAGAGCUCCAAAAUCAAGAUAAAAGUAUGCCAAGUACACAAUCAAAACCACCUGUGAAAAAACUCCAAGAAAGUAAGUUACCCGUGUAUCAAUUUUUUGCUGGCUCAAAGGCUUCGAAGGUAGAUUCCACAGAGGAAGGAACGCCUCUGAACAAAGCCGCAGAGAGUGAUAAAAGUAAAGUGACCUACGGGCAAAGUUCAUCUUUUAGUAAAUUUGGCAUUGCGUCGUGUUCAUCAGAAAACCUUAGCGACGCCAGUAAAAUCAGAACUAGCGAAAGUGGCAAGGAACAAAUCCGUAACGCCGUAAAAGAUGCUAGCGGUAUCGAUAAGCAGAGCACGAUCAGUGUUGACCUUAGGGGGCAACAUUUUAAAAAUGAUUUACUUGUAAAGGAGACCCAGUCAGAUUUGACAUCAAAAAAGAACCACGUUGACAGUGACGAUACACAAAUGAAGACUCUGAAAAAAAAGAUCACGGAAUCACAAAUUCCUGUGAGAAUGUCAUCUGGUCACCCUGAUGCCGAUCAAGCAAAGAAAGCAGCUGUUAAACAAUUGGAAAAGAGUGCGUCACAUAUACCUACCUUAGCUAAAACGAGAGUUCAGGGUCGCUCAGAACAGUCUAGAGAUCCAAGUUCAGGUAACUACAGUGACACUGGUGCAGUGGAAAAGGUUACCACGGUCACCACCAGAGAAAGUUUCAAAGGACUGAAAACAUUACCGGUUUAUGUGAGUGUACAAGUAGGAAAACAGGGUGAGAAAGAUUUAGCAGGAGGGGCGAAUGGAUCUUUCAGGAAAAUAGUCGGGUCAGAGAGCCGAACGAUUUACACGGUCAAACAGAGACAGCCGACGUCCCCUCAGGGUAGCCCAGACGAUGACACAUUAGAACAGAUAUCUUUUCUCGAUAGCUCUGGGAAAAGUCCCAUGACCCCAGAAACACCUAGCUCGGAGGAAGUCAGUUACGAUCUCACCUCACGAAACCCUGAAUGUUUCAUGGCAUUCAUACCAGGCAGCUCUAGUCCAAUAGCUGAAGUCUCAGAAGAAUCAGAGGAUUCAGAGCAAGACAAAGCAUUUACAUUUAAAGAACCUGCCCCAGAAAAGCUCCUAGACACCAUGCCGGCCAACAGGAAUCAGGAUACUGGACAGACAAGUAAAGACAAACGAGUUGCCUACAUAGAGUUUCCUCCUCCCCCUCCCUUGGACACGGAUUCAUCACAAACAGAGAAAAAAGGGUCCUCUCCUUCCCUAGAGAUAGACACUGAUAUGAUGGAGGUCAACCUCCAGGAGGAGCAUGAUAAGCAUCUACUUGCCGAGCCCAUAAUUAGAGUCCAGCCUCCAUCCCCUGUGCCUCCAGGAGCUAAUGACAGUGACUCGAGUGAAGAUGAAUCAGUAUUUCAGCCCAUUCCUGUUAAGAAAUAUACCUUUAAAAUUGAUGAGCAGGACCCCGAGAAGGAAUCCAAACUGAAAAAACACGACAGAAAUGGCAAUAAUAGAGAACCUGGGAUAAAUGGUAAUGGCAAAGCGGAGGAUAAUGACUAUGAACAAAAUGGCAAUGAUCAGUCCAUUACAGACUGCUCAAUAGCAACCACUGCCGAGUUCUCUCAUGACACAGAUGCCACAGAGAUUGAUUCUCUGGAUGGAUAUGACUUUCAAGAUGAGGACGAUGAACAUGAUGUGAAAUCAUUUGGAUUUUCCAGCGACAACAGAAAAGACAUUUGGGCGUCAGAAAGCAUGCUCAGGCCUAGUGACCGUUCUUUCAGCCAAAGUAAACUAGAAGUAAUUGAAGAGGAAUCACCAACUGAGGAGUACAAAAAGGCGAAACCUAAGAGUGAUCCUUCUGUUAAAAAAGCUGAAAAUGGAAAAGACAACGAAAAGGACAAAAAGCAAUCAAAUGAAGAAGGACUGUCUGACACGUACUUUAGCUACAAGCUUGAGGAAGAGUUUAAUACUCCAUUUAAAACUGUUGCAACAAAAGGCUUGGACUUUGAUCCUUGGUCGAGUAAAGGAGGAGAUGAUGAAGUCGUUGAUGCUAGAAUUAAAGAUGAUGAGCCCAAGCCUUUCGGGCUAGCGAUAGAUGAGAAGUCUCAAGCGACUACGCCUGACACGACUCCUGCAAGAACUCCAACCGAUGAAAGCACGCCAACUAGUGAACCUAACCCGUUCCCCUUCCAUGAAGGGAAGAUGUUUGAGAUGACCCGCAGUGGUGCAAUUGACAUGAGCAAACGGGAUUUUGUUGAAGAGAGGCUGCAGUUUUUCCAGAUUGGUGAGCAUUUAUAUGGACGGAGACCUGGGAAUAAUAGGGAAGGGGUCACAAAUCCAAGUGUAGUCACAUCACAACCACAGCAAGUAGAGCAUGCACAAGUUAAGAUGGAUAACAGCUCAGUAAUAUCAUACAAUGUCAUUCAGAUUUGCGCUGAUCGCUCGGACACUCCAUCUCAUGACAACAUUAUGGAGCCACCCUCAUAUUCAGAAGUCAGUUCUAAUUUGUGUUCCUCUUUUAAGAUAGGAGUCAAAGACACCUCUGGUGAGAAUAAGGAUUUGGUGUGUAAGGACUGGGACAGUUUUACACUUAAAACAACGCUAGCUUCAGAAGGCUUCAAACCAGAAACAAGUACAGAAAGCCAAUACGAGCAAAGGACAGAUUGGUCAAAGACAGAGCAGAAUUGUAUCCAGACACAGAACUGCAAUAAUAAUAAUAACCUACAGGCCUCAAGUGUUGCAAAUACGCACAUGCAGUACAGCACUAUAGAACAGCAUCAGCACUCACAUCCCGAGUCCAGCUACUUUAAGCAUAUUCCAGAGGAUUUACUCAAAACAGACUCAGAUUUAGUGAGAGAAGAGAGCUAUGAUAUGAACAAGGCAAAUGUAAUUCCACAAGGCCAUGAACAAAGUGCUGUGAACAAAGAAAAGUUAAUUCCACAAUACAAGGAUGCUAAAAGAAAGCCUCUAAAGUCUAGGUUGCCAAUACUGGAACCCCGUCCAACAAAAGCCUAUAGCAGUGCAGGUAUAAGUUUACAGCGAUCAAAGAAAGAGAUGAAACCAGUGCCCAGCAAAAGACUAGAUCCAUUCCCGAUGGCGAAGCCUAAAUCUCGCAUCCCAGCGUUGAAGGUUAAAAAAGAUCCUAAUAGUUCUUCUUCGAUAGGAAAAUGUAAGACAAGCACAUUAGUGAAAGAGAAGAGAAGAACUCAGGUAUUAGUAGCUAAAAGUACAUCCAAGACAGACUCUCCAAGCACAUCAAAAAGUAAGACAAGCCAGAAGCAGGUGCAGGCCGUGGGCAAAAUCGCUAACUCAAAGGCUAGUGAAACAGUAAAGCUUGUGGACCGCCAUUCCAAUGAAGACAAAAAGAUGCAGGGAGAUGAUAAGGAUGAAGAAAGGAGCACAUCCAGGAACACCUCUUUGUCAGAAGCAUCCCAGCCCUCCACUACAUCCAGGUCUGCUAGAGACGUGAGAGCAGAGGUUGAGCAGGCCGGCAGAGACAGGAGGAGGAGGAGGAGGAGUAAGAGGACGGGUGGAAGUGAAGGCAGUCAGGGUGCUGGGUCUCAAGUGGCCCCCCGCGUGGAAAUCGAGCCUAGCCCUCAAAGUCCUUGUGAGAGGACAGACCUGCGAAUGGCUAUAGUGGCCGAUCAUCUUGGCCUUAGCUGGACUGAGCUGGCCAGGGAAAUGGAUUUCUCGGUUGAUGAGAUAAAUCACAUCCGUGUGGAGAACCCCAACUCAUUGACAGCUCAGAGUUUCAUGCUAUUAAAGAAAUGGGUCAGCAGGGACGGUAAAAAUGCCACAACGGAUGCCUUAACUGCAGCACUGACAAAGAUCAAUCGGAUGGAUAUUGUGACAUUGCUGGAAGGGCCAAUAUUUGAUUAUGGUAACAUUUCAGGCACAAGGUGUUUUGCAGAUGAUAACGCAGUUUUCCGGGAUCAGGCUGAUGGUUACCACGACAUCAGUCUGGAGCUGCAGAGUCCCUCAGAUUUGUCCUAUGAACCCCCGACCCCUCUCCGCCACGACGAUUUCUUUAGUGAGGACGGUAGUGUAGUCUCUCCCAGUAGAACCCUCAUUAGACCCAGUGAACUGUCCUUGGCGACCACCUCCAGGGAUGCACUCUCCCCAAACGCAGCACCCCCUACUGUGGUAGCUGAGGAUUCCUCAAUAGGAGGCAGAGGGUCUUGUAGUCGAGGAGGGGGCUCGACUGAAGAUGACCUGGAGGUCCAUGACAGUGACGAGGUGUCUAGACAUCCGGAAGUGUUCGCAGAGAGCGCUCUCCGAGAGCAAGAGGUUCCUCCCAAUGGAGCUUGUGGGGCAAGAAAAAGUGGCAGGUCUGGUUUUGAAGAGGACGAGGAGGAAGAGAUGACACAGGAAAAGUCUCCUUUAAAAGGCAUUAACUUGGAGGAAGGGUCAGAGAAUGAGGAGAUAUCCAGAGAAAGAGUGCAGGCAAAUCUCUCACAAGUGCAAAAGACAGACAAAGAGAUGUCUUCGAUUGCAGGGUUGCAAGAAGGGGCAUCCAGUGUGAGCAAGGAGAUCUCUUCUUCAGUUCUGCACACGGAUACACAGAUGCAGCAAGAGAGGAGCCAAAAGCCAACAUCCACUCCACCUGUGCUGCAAGCUGAGAAACAGAACGGGGAACAUGCAGAGCUCCAAGCCGGGUCACUGCUUGAGGCCCAAGAACCACCCAGAAAGAUGAAGGGCAAAGGUAGCAGGGACUCUGAGAUAAUGGAUAGGAUCACCCCAGAUGACACCACCGUUGGGCCGAGCACCAUGGACCAGGAGACGGCAGAGCCUAAAGCUAAGGGAGCAGAUAGAGACAAUGAGUCCAGUUCUGAUGAGGAACACACAGUCACCACCAGGGUGUAUCGGCGGAGGGUGAUUCUGAAGGGUGAUCAGGCCAAAAACAUUCCUGGUGAGUCAGUCACAGAGGAGCAGUUCACAGAUGAAGAGGGAAACAUUGUCACCAGAAAAGUCAUCCGGAAAGUGGUGCGUCGUGUGCCUGGAAAAGAUGAGAAAGGGAAGAAGAAGAGAGGCAGGCGCUCCAGACAGGCCGCUAGGGCAGAUCGUCCUGCUGAAGAGGGAGAGGAGGAAGAGGUGCCCUCUAUGAGCCCUGAGUGCCUUAGUGAAAACUCUGAGGUCGGAGAGGGAGACAAGAAGAAAGAAGGGAGACAAAGAGGGAAAAAGGGUCAAUCGUAACAGUCAUGUGUGCUAUCCGAGAUCUGAACUUGUUUUCCUGGGAAAAGGAUCACUGGAAACACAACGCAGGAGAUCAGGACACGGGAUUGUGCGUCUGCAGCCUUUACAUAAACGCAUGGUUUUUGGGAAGAGGACUUUAUGAUUUCGCAUGAGCAUGGAAAACCUCCGACUUUCUGUCAAUGACACAAAGCAUCUGAUCGGUGCCAGGAAAUGACACAUUCGCUCGAGACUGUUGGUGGCAUGAAGCGUCUUCUGCGCCUUAUGUCGAAGGAGUGCCGAUGACUAGAAAAAUGGCACUGAAGCAUUUCCAUGACCAAAGAUGGUACAAAGAGCAUUGUGGACUGACAGAAAUUGAAGAACAUGUUUUUAAAACCACCUUCAACACUCCCCUUACCCCCCCCCCCACCCCCUUCCUCCCACCCUGCCCCCCCCCCCUUCUCGGACUAGCGUCGGGCUGUAUAAUGCUGUUUUUAAAGAUCCUGUACAUAAACCAGAACUGUACAAAUUCUAAAGUAGCUCACAAAAUUGUGAAUGCACUGGCAAGAGAGAGUCACAAUGUGUGUUGAAAUGAAAUGAAAUGAAAAAUGAAAUGAAUGCUGAUAUUAAUUCCAACUUGAAAGAAAACGUUUAGGGGGUUAACUCCACAGGUACUUGUACACUUAAACAAAGAAAAAGAACCUUUUUACACAAGAACAAGUUUGCUUGAUUUCAACAGAGUACAUUUCUUUCUAAGCAUACCACAAGUCUCAAUAAUGACAAGACACACAUAGCUGCAGUUGUGUUAAAAGAUUUACUCAGAAUACUAAUAUUUUGAUGCAUGUGAUUCACCUUAUUUUUGAUUUGUUUCCUAUCUACAUAACCAGAGGUGUGGUAAUUGUUCUAUCUGUGUGCACACUCAUAGCCUUGGUAUUUGUCACUAAUACUGUUUUAUAAUGACACCACUGUACCACAACAGACUCACAGGAAGUGAAUGGACUUGAUGGAAUGGUAAAAUUCUUGCAGCUAAAGGUUUCCUAUGCUAUGCAGUCACGGACAAGCUUGGAGUGCGAGAGAGCGCGUCACGUCAACUGGCACACCGUUAACUUUUAACCGGUCUCAUGUGAAUCGGCACUGAGAAGUCUUUCUGUAAGCCAACCAUUUGUAACCAUUCUAACAGUGUAUUACUAGGUUCCAAGGCUGCUGUGGUCAUACGGGGCAUUUUUUUAUUUGGGUUUGGUGAAAUAUUUCCUUAUGUUGAAUAUACUCAAAAAAAAAAAGAGAGAGAGAGAGAGAGAUCACCUUCAGGUAUUCAUUGAAUGAUCUGGUAACAAACAUGUAUGAGAAACCAUACACUGGAUGAUUGAAUUAAUUAUUUAAGCAUAAAAUAAAUUGUGUUCAAACUCUGAAA